UCAUUCUUUGAUUUACGCACGUCUCCUGUGCGUUAUUAUAGCGCCUUGACAGUUUCCUUACGCUGAGAAACCAGUAUCCACAGGUUUUCCUAUCACUUCCCUUCACCUAAACGUGGAAACACACACGUCGUGCAGCGAGGCCAGCUAUAGGAGGACAAAGGAGGCGGACCUAAAGCGACCCCCACAGUUGAGCUUCUGAGGGUUUACAAUGCCGACCAUUUCUGAAAGCGCAAAUUUAGCUGCUGCCUUGGAGCGCGACGGUCCCAAUGUGCGCAAAUAUCCACGAAUGUAGUUGGUAUCUCUGUAAGUGAAAACAGAGAGGAAAGUCAAGAAAGAAAGGAAACAGGUCCUGGUAAUCACAGUAUUUCAUCUCAUCAGUGGAAUUAACCUGAAAGCUUCGCGUCAAGAACCUGUGAUAUUCAAGAUAUUGUGUAACUCAAGAGGCUAACCUUUGCUGAACCAAAAACAAUCUCUUGCAUCUUGGAAGAUGGAACCUUCUCAGUCUGAGAUGAACAUUUUAUCCAAUGGAAAAAGUCAUGACCUGGGCGAUGACAUGAGUGUGCCAAUGAAGACACUGCUGGAGGAGGAUCAAAAUGGCACGCAAGCAGUCAGGUAUGAUGACCCUGAUGGCGUACUUGAAAGUGCAGAAUUUUUACCCAGUGGAGAUGGAAAGAAACCCAUACGCUUCACAGAUUUUGAAGGAAAGACCUCUUUCGGCAUGUCUGUCUUUAACCUGGGUAAUGCCAUCAUGGGCAGUGGAAUCCUGGGGUUGGCUUAUGCUAUGGCUAACACAGGCAUACUCCUGUUUCUGUUUCUUCUGUCUGCUGUGGCAGCCCUCUCAUCUUAUUCCAUUCAUCUGUUGCUCAAAUCCUCUGGCAUUGUGGGAAUUCGAGCUUAUGAACAGCUUGGGUACAGAGCCUUCGGCACUCCAGGAAAAAUGGCUGCUGGUAUAGCGAUUACCCUGCAGAAUAUUGGAGCUAUGUCCAGCUACCUGUACAUCGUUAAAUCUGAGUUGCCACUGGUCAUCCAAGCUUUCUUAAAGGAAGAUCCCAAUUCUGACCUGUGGUACUUGAAUGGAAACUACCUGGUCAUCAUGGUCUCUGCAUCCAUCAUCCUGCCCCUGGCUUUAAUGAAGCAGCUGGGUUACCUCGGCUACACCAGUGGAUUUUCCCUGAGCUGCAUGGUGUUUUUUCUCAGUGCUGUUAUCUAUAAGAAGUUCCAGAUUCCCUGCCCAUUCGAAGAGUUCUCAGUUAACGGAACAGCCUCCCACCUUAAUGUCUCAAGCCACGACCACGAUUAUAACAACGGCCUGGUUCACGAAAACACAGAGGAUGACCACUGCUCCCCACGCAUGUUCACCAUCAACUCUCAGACAGCAUACACUGUCCCCAUCUUGGCUUUUGCCUUUGUUUGCCACCCUGAGGUUCUGCCUAUCUACACUGAGCUCCGCAAUCCAUCAAAGAAGAAGAUGCAGAAAGUGUCCAACAUCUCCAUCUUUGUUAUGUACUCCAUGUACUUCCUGGCCGCUCUGUUUGGUUACCUGACCUUUUAUGGCCAUGUGGAGCCUGAGCUGCUGCACACUUACAGCCGUAUUGAUCCUUAUGACACUUUGAUCCUGUGUGUGCGAGUGGCCGUCCUUACUGCUGUCACACUGACCGUCCCUAUCGUGCUGUUUCCUGUGCGUAGAGCCAUCCAGCACAUGCUGUUCCCUGCCAAGUCUUUCAACUGGUUACGCCACAUUGCCAUUGCUGUCAUUCUGCUGACCUUAAUAAACAUGUUGGUUAUAUUUGCUCCAAACAUUCUGGGCAUCUUUGGCGUCAUUGGUGCCACAUCUGCUCCCUGCCUCAUCUUCAUCUUCCCCGCCGUCUUUUACAUCCGCAUUGUUCCUGAAGACAAAGAGCCUCUGAGGUCUCCAUCUAAGAUUGUGGCUGUCUGUUUUGCGGCUCUGGGCGUCUCCUUCAUGGUCAUGAGUCUGAGCUUCAUCAUCAUGGAUUGGACAUCGGGGACCAGUCACGCCGCCGGAGGUCACUAGAUCCUGUGUCAGUGCGUGUAGGCUUGGCAAAGGGUUGGGGAGGGGGCCUGGUCAAUGUAAAGGGAGCACUGUGAUCUCAGUGGGAACACACUACAACUGCCAAGUACAGAGAUGAGGUUUGAAAAUUGUACUCUUAUACUGAUCAAUUUAAAUUAACUUGAAGGUAUACUUAACAGAUGUCCAACCAAAAUAGAUUUACUAUAACGUUCAGUAAUUCAGUUAAAGUAAUGCAAUAAUAAUGCAAUGUUUUUUGAAUAUUCAGGACUGAACAGGGUCUUUUUUAUAACCAUCUGAUGGUGCAACUAAAUCCAUCCAUGAUGGUGACACAGUCCUUUCCUGUUGCUUCCUUUUUAUUUACUCACAGAUAACUGCAGCUGGUACUGUACAGAGAAAGCCAACAUGGUUGUCUUUCAGACUGAAAACAGGAAGGCAUUUAGAUAUGGAUACGAAAGAACGUAAUGUUAUUUUCACACAAUGUUAUUCAAGAAACGCACAAAUGGAGGACAGUAUAGAAAGAGGUUUGAGAACUCAACUGUUUAUCUUCACGUUUUAAGAGACAAAAAAGUGCUUAAUGGCCUUAGAAAGCAGCUGACAUUUCAUUUUCAUGAUGUGCCAGUUGUUGUGUAAUGUAAUAUCAAACAGUCUUUUGUUCCAGAUCAGUUAACUCUCUUCAGACACUCUGGUGCCUUUUAGUAUUUGGAACAAACACACAAACAUACAGUAAAACAGGAAUGUAUAUUUAUUUAGCAACUAUAGCUGUGUUUUUAAUUUCAAAUCAACUAUAUUUAACUACUCUUUAUGUUAAGGUUAAUGAUCCAAAAGAACUGUAUAUGAUUUUAUUGUUCUUUUAUUUUGUAGUGGAUGGAAGAUGUUAUAGUUUGAUAAUAUUUUAUAGCUUUGAUCAAAUACAAAGACUUUAAUUUGGGGAUUUGAUUCCCUGCUUUGUAAAACAGUGCACCAACCUUUAGCUUUGAAUAUGAAACACAGAACAAUUCAAGCGUAUAACCACUUGAAUUAUUGAUAUGCAGUUUGCAUUUCAAUGUACUGAUACCCGUCUUUCUCACUAUAGUAUUUUAAUCAGAAGUUCUUAUAGUGUCCAAAUGUCUGUUUCAGCCCUUCAUCGUACAAGUAACUUGCACUGAGUCAAAAUGCAAACAUGUCUAUUAUUAAAAAGAAGAAGAAAAAUGAAAAAAAUCUACAGUGCCAAAUAGCGGUUUCAUUUAAAAAGAAAAAACAAAAAACAAAACAGGAAAUAUUUUCUUACUCACAGUUGUAUCAGCCAUUGUUUUGGUUUUGCUUUUAAUUUUUUGUGGUAAUCUGGGUAGACUGGUCCACUAAAUGAAGCUCUGUGAGUUUAAUCAGUCACUGGCCAAAAAUAUGAAUUUGUAAAGACAAAACCCACUGGUGGGUGUGGCAGAUUUAUGUUCAUUUCAGUAGUAUGGAAGUAUACAGUAUAUCGUGCUUUCGUGAAUCUGCUUUCAAGUCGUUGAAGUAUUUUGGUUGAAGUAUUUUGAUCUGCUUCUGCCCUUGUUGAAUAUUUAGACAGGACUUUAAUGUUUUGCAUGUUUGUUCUUGUCCAGUCUGUGAAGUAUUUACUAUAGUGAACAGCACAGUUUCAAAGAGUUUCAAUUCAACCGUCGUGCAUAAUGUACAUGUCACCGUGUUAAUGUGCAUUUGGCGUCUUCUAGUGAAGUGUUUGGAAUCUACUCUGUGCUGUAGUAACAAAAGUGUUACAUUGGUAAAAAGAAGCCCUUCUUAAAAUGAAACCAUCCUAAAUGUUUCAGACAGUUUUGUGAUGUUAUGUCAGUGAUGAAACAUCAGCUUGGACCUAAUUUAGGGAUGUGGGUGAGAACUUCGAAAACUCUUUAAAUACAUAUUGCAUUUUAUUAUAUAUGAAGACAAAAAAUAAGUUAGUUUUAUAGAACAGAACAAAGUUAUAAUUCUAAAAAUAAAUAUAUGAAUGAAUAUAUUUUUUGCUGCUUGUACCCAAAAAUGGUUUUACAUUCUCUCAUAACUCUCAGGCUUCAAAAAAUUUCAUUGUAAAUCAUUACUUCUCUCAUUUUAUUUAUAUAUUACUGUAUUUUAUGUUUGUUUAAUAGAUUUGAUUUCUGAUCAAAGUGUCUCUACAGAGGAAAUAUGAACAACAGCAGGAAAAUAUUUAGUGCACAUAUUAACCUCCGUCCCUUGCUUUUCCAAAUGCAUUUGUGGUGAUUGAGGUGUUGAUGAAGGUUUAAUGUUGUUAUGUUUAGUGAAAAAAAAAAAAGUUCACUUUAAGGGAUCAUGCCAAAAUAACAACUGACUACCUACUGCUUUAAAUGCCUUUAACUUUUAAACCGAUACCACAGUUUUAAUACCAGGAGUCAUAUCAAAUAUGCAUUUAAUGCUCCUAAUCUAUGUGAUAUUUUAUUAUGGCUGUUGUUCAGAAAUAAAUCUUUGGAAAUGACAUGACUAUAACUACAAUAUAUGGAAUUUGAAGAAUAAGACAAGGCUUUAUAUAAAUGUGUAUAAAUGUAAACUUUUUAUAUUUGUAAUGCAUAUUUACAGUAGCUUGUAAAGUGUAAAUAGCAGGGACAGUUUUAGUUUGACAAUAAAAUAAUUGUAGAUGUUUUUA